ACUAUGUUCACUUAUAUGAGAGAUUGAAGACAAUAUUGCUGCAGGGAGCACCGUGUGGUAGUGCGGUACAUCGGUCGAGGUUCUCCACCCUUUGGGCCCUUUGAGGAUGUGGAUGAAACAAUAGUGGAUAAUGGAACGCCUCCCCUAGAUGCUGCCAUCAAUGCUGCCACAUUAGAUUUCUCUGAACGGGCCUUAAAAUCUAUUGUAGUAUUUGAUUGUGAUCACCCUCGCUGUGCAGUCUCGAUAUCAACACCAAAAAUAGUGAAGCUGCGGGAGACACUGCUUACCCAGGGUAUUCAACUACAUGUGGUCACUAUGGCUGCCCUUACCAUCACCAGUCCUCACAGCCUUAGCAAGAAAGCCACACGACAGCUCAUAGGUCUGGAUGGACAUACGGCAUACUUACUUUCCCACGCACGUAAGAGGAAGGUCAAAGGAAAGAGGAACAUUAGAGAGCACAUUGUCACACCCAUUGGAAACACCUGCACACAACUGGCUGUUGAGACGGAUGGUUCAGUUUUUUCGCUCCAGAACAUCAAGAUGGAAAGAAAGUACCAUCGGAGGAUUUUUCAGCAACUGUUGGCAUUGAGAGUGGAGGAAGGACAGGAGGCAGAGAAGCUCAAGUGUCGUAGAUGUAUGUGUGGUGUCCCCUGCACACUCUGUGCUCCACCCACACCCUUGGUCUACUCGAGCUCAAGUAGAGAUGAAUUGGAAGAGGAAGAAGACUAUGAAGAUGAGGAGGAGGAGGAACAACAUGCAAGGAAAAAGACCAAGAAGCAUCAACGUUCUAGGUGGCUGUAAUAAUAUCCUCCAAAACCUCAGCAUCCUAUACAUCACAGCAAGUCAUCCUCACAUUCAUGGUGAAAUUAUUUAAAAACUAAAGGAAAAGAUAGCCUUCACUUACAAACGGUAUAAGCUGAUAUUUUUUUUAUUAAGACAUCGGCCGAUUCCCACCAAGGCAGGGUGGCCUGAAAAAGAAAAACUUUCAUCAUAUAUAUGAGGUUUUAUCCACAUCUGCAAGAAAUAACCCUUUUUUUUUUAAUUUUGUCUGUAAAUUAAAGCUCCAAUAGUAUGGAAUAACUUACCUGAUGUGCCUACUGUAUCAGCCACCUUCAUAACAGACAAUAAAAAACAACUACUUUAAUGAUGUAUAUUCUGUUAUGCUAGAUUACAAAACCACCUAACCUGUAUGUAGGGCUAACAUCUGCUGUCAUUCAUAUAUCCUAACUAUAUUAUGUCCAUUAUUUUUUUAAAACUCAUAUUAAUUAUACUGUAUGUCACACCACAUUAGAUGUCACAAAUAAAUUAAGACAGUUCUCCAAACAAAAGAAUGUAAUGAUAGUUGUUAGAGUGCAAUGAACACUUUUCCGUGUUGAAAGAAAACCCCAUAUGUUGACGAGAGACAAAACUGAUAGGUGUGCUUGCGCUUGUGUACAGCCAAAGAUUUUAACUCUGCAACCACAUAUGUAUAGGCGAGUACACACAUGCUUGAAAUCUGUGAACAUACUUUUUUUUUUCCAACACACUGGCCAUCUCCCACCAAGGUAUUGUGACCAAGAAAGAAACAUUUUCACCAUCAUUCACACAUAAUCACUGUCUUUACAGAGGCACACAGAUAUGACAGUUCAUAUGUCACUCCAAACAGCAAAUAUCCCAAAACCCUGCUUUAAAGUGCGGGCAUUGUAUUUCCUACCUCCAGGACUCAAGUCUGGCUAAUUGGUUUCCUUGAAUUCCUUCACAAAAUAUUACCCUGCUCACCUCCAACAGCUGGUCAAGUCUCAAAAACCAUUUGUCUCCACUCCUGUCUAACAUGCUUACACAUGCCUGCUGUAUGUUCAAGCCCCUUGCACAGAAAACCUCUUUUACCCCCUCCAUCCUUUACUAGGAUGACCCCCCUACCCCUCCUCCCCUCCACUACAGAUUUAUACACCCUCCAAGUCAACCUAUUUUGCUCCAUCCUCUCUAAAUGACCAAAAUACCUCAGCAACCCCUCUCAGCCCUCUGAGUAAUACUUUUAGUAACUCCACACCUCCUGUUCAAAUGUCACUCCAAACAGCAAAUAUCCAAAACCCCUCCUUUAAAAUGCAGGCAUUUUACUAUCCACCUCCAGGACUUGAGUCUGGCUAACCAGUUUUCCUGAAUCCCUUCACAACACUCCAACAGCUCAAGUCUCAAAACAUAUUUGUCUCCAUUCACUCCUGUCUAAACACACUCCACACAGAUCGUAUAUGUUCCAUUCAUAGUCGAAAAAAUCUAAACAUAUGUAAUGCUGCAAUAUUAAAUCAUAAAUAAAUAUGAAUUUCUUUUUCACGUUAUUGUUUCAUUUUUGGUGUCUAGUGUUAGUAAUACAGUGGUACCCCGAGUUUCUGCCAUAAUUUGUUCCAGAAAGCUGUUCGAGUGUUGUUACUGAAUGAAUUUGUUCCCAUAAGGAAUAAUGUAAAUUAGAUUAGUCUGUUUCAGACCCCCAAAAAUACACUUACAAAAGCAGUUACAAUAAUACACUUCCAUAAUUGUUCGAGUUGGGAGCUGUACGAAACUCGGAGUACCACUGUACUUAUUAUAUCUACAAGGGUUUUGUAUCAUACAAGACAAUAUUGAUGUAGGUACUGACAGACAGAUGAUUCAUCUUGUAAACAGACAAUGUAAACUUACGGUAUUGAUAAAUACAGUAAAGUAAAUGCAUUUUCUCUUCCUUGUGAUUUUCUUAAUCACAUUUGCUUUUCUCUAGCUUACUUUAUUGUAACAAUACAGUAUAUAAUACAUACACAAAAUGUGUGUUAAUUAACUGUUUAUGUUAUCAGUAAGGAUUCCAGUCAACAGUAGGCAAUUAGCAGUUAAGUUUUUGAGGAGUCAAAAGUUAUAUGUGGACUUUUGACUGCGCGGGGGUUAUCGACGCCUCUAAUCCCCGCAUUGUUUAAGGGUCAACUGUAUAUAUAAAUUAAUUUAUACAUCCCAGAAUUUAUAUUUAUAUUGCAAUCAAUAUUAUUUUUUAUGCAGCUUGAUUUAAUUAUAUUUUGCUCAACCAUGGACCUGCUUGAUACAACCUUCAUGGCAUUUUCAAAAUCAAUAUUAUUAUAAUUAUAAUCAAAAGAAGCGCUUAACUGCAAGGGCCAAAAUCAAUAGGGUGGGUAAAAUCUCUCACAUGAAUAAACAAAGCAUUACUCUUGUCCAGUUCUAGUGUACAUAAGAGAAAUUAUUUGUUGGUUUUCUGUAUAUGUUGAAUUUAAAUUCUUAGUUCCCUUAAUAAUUAAAACAUUUAAUAAGGCAA